ACAUGUAAGAGCAUGGAACGACAACUCUGCAUGGAUAUUGUGAAUUAAAUAUGGAAAAUAUUUAGUAGACUAUAUUGAGACCUUGACAUUGUGACAGAAACAUAGAACUCAACAGUUCGAGGAUUUAAACAGGUUUUGAAGUUUAGCCAGAAAACAUUAAAGUACUCUGCCAGGAGCAUGUCUAAUAUAUUUAUUGGUAACCUAAAUGAAGCUGGAAGCUUUAUAGUGGAUGGCCAACUAAGUGAAAGUGGAAUAAAAAUUAUCCCAAAAAAUAAUUUACUUUCCAAUGAAGUGACCCGAGUCUUGCCAUGUAGGUUGAAUGAGACUAGCAAAAUUCGGCUUGAUUCUAUCAUUUUGAAAAAAACUGAUGGAACGACUGUCAAUAUUUGUCUUAAACCAAUAUCUAGAGAAGUUAUUACAUCACAUGACAAGAUAAAAUUGAAUAAUGACAGCCGAGAUUUGCGUGCAUAUGUAUUCUGUGAAGAUAAUACAAAUUUUGAAAGUGAUGUUUCUGAGCUUGAUGCUGAAUCUGACUUUGAAGAUGAUUAUGUUGAAGAUACUGGCAUAGCUGAGCGAACACAAAGUAACAUAGACAAAGCAAAAAAGAUCAGCCACCAUUUAUCAAACACGCCCAUUCUGUGUAAGCACUGUGGUGUUUUGUUACCUAGUUUAUCCCAAAGUAAGCAACAUUACAACUUAAAACACAAUAAAACUUGGUCACUUCAGUGUGAUGAAUGUGACUACAAAACUAAAUACAGCGCCACGUUGAAACGUCACAAGGACAUGCAUAAAUUCCAUCGUGGAGAAAUCGAAAAGAAUCAUGAUUGCCCAGUAUGUGGUAAAAAAAUCCUGCAUGCUUAUAAUCUUAAAACCCAUAUGAAGUUGCAUGAACUACCAAAACCGUUCACAUGUUCUUUAUGUGGUAAACAGUUUACGCAAAAAAACAACUAUCUACUUCACUGUAGAAGGCAUGAAAAGACUAAUGACCAAGAUGGGAAAUUCUGUAGAAAACAUCAAUUCCCGUGUAUAGAGUGUGGAAAGUUGUUCAAGUGGAAGCAUGACGCAAAGAAGCAUUAUAGAAAUGUUCAUCUUCGGCUGCUUAAGUUUCCUUGCUCACAGUGCAAUAAGGCAUUUGCUGAUAAGUCUGCUUUGAAUAUACACAUUGCUUCAGCUCAUGUGAAACAGAAAGAGUUUGCUUGUAGUAACUGUAAGAAAAUGUUCAACAACAAGUACCAGCUGGCUGGCCAUAUUCGUGAAAAACACAAUUUGGAGUACAAGUAUGAAAAACAGUACAAGAGAUCCAAGAAUAAUGGUGGAAAAGAUAAGAAAGACAUAAAUAUAGAUUUGACUAACAGUACUUUGGUUACGUCUUAACUGGUGGAACACAAUCAAGGUUGUGUAGCUGAGAAUGUACAAGUUUAAAAUUUAGUGCCUGAGUGUGCUGAUAUUGAUGACUGAAACAUGAUUAAACCUCUUGCUUACGUCUGAAUGACUUGGUUUCACUCACUUUUAUCACAAUUUUUGUAUAAAACGCUGCGUUCAUUCCGAAUUUGGUAACGAUAAUUUUGGUUGAUAGUUGAUAAAAAUCUUGCUUUAUAGUUAAAUAAGUGAUAUAUCUGAUUUAUAACCAGCACAAUACACAAUGUAGCAAAUCACUGGUUGUUAAGUACUGAUGCUAUUCAUUUC